ACUUGGAGAACGUAUCCUAAUAGUUACUUGCUGCAAUGGAUGGGAAUGUCCAAUUGUUCGGAAUUGGAAGUCGAGAGUCCAGCGCAGAAAUGGAGUUAAAGUAGGACUAGCUCAUAUUUCUAAAGUAUUUCAAAUACUUUUGUAGGAGACGCGUCUGAAUAGACCGCAAGAUCAUAAGCAUGGAGCACACUUAUUUAUGUAUGUUUACAUACAAAUGCUUAUUUUAUGUGCAUUUUACGUUGGAGCAAUCAUAUUUUAAUGGCCUAUUAAAUGUGGCAGUAAAACGAGAAGCGAUAUGGAAAACUCAACGUGUACCACAACCUUACUUCCGAUUGUUCGCUCAGUUGGCGGCAUAUUGGGAGGGCAGGACAUCCGGAAGUUUAUGUGUAACGAAUUUACGAUUAUUACUGAGUUAAAAACAAAGUCUAUCGAUUUUACGUCAGUUCGCUUGCAUGUCAAACAGCUCCAAAAGCUGUCCUCAUCUGUUAAAGCAGCGUCCAAACAUUCCAAUGGAAAACCCAGCGGGAACAUUGAUAAUCUAUACUCAGAUAUUUUUCCACAUUUCUUUACUAAGAGAACAGUAAAAUCUACAAAAGAAAAGGAGCCCUGUAUUAAGAAUUCAAAAAGUUUGUUAACUUGAUAUGAGACACAAUUGAAAACUCUAGAUACAAUGAAAACUCUCGAAAUCUGAGUACGUAAUUUAAAUUGUAACUUACUGAACAUGGAUGACAAUUGGAAAUCGACGUUGCAUCUGGGCGAUAUUGAUAGAGUAUGUUGGAGACUGCAGUCCUCUAAAUCAGAAGGCUUGUCGACAACGUUUGCAAAAAAGCGACUACUUUUGAAUGGAAAGAAUAAGUUCACGUUGCCCGAGCGGCCCGAAUCGAAGUUGAGAAAGUUUUUGAGAAACUGCUUUUAUGGUUUUGGAAUUAUAUUGUUGAUAAGCUUGAUAUUCUGUUUCAUUUUGUAUCAUUUGAGACUGCAAUCGCCGCAUGAGAAAUCCGAUCCAGAAUAUUGCAUAAUCGGAGUACUUUUAUCAAUAAUUUUCCUAUUAUCGGGUCUGUUUCGUUACCUACACGACAAUGACGAUUAUGGCGUGGUCGCGGCUUUCAAGGAUCUGAUGCCCAUGUAUUGUACAGUUCGCCGCGAUGGACGGAAGCAGAUAAUCCGUUCGGAAGAUGUUGUUUUGGGUGACAUCCUGCUGAUCACCUAUGGGGAACGCAUUGCGGCAGAUGUUCGAUUCUUUGUCUCGCGCGAUUUGGAAGUCAAUAAUGUGGCCCUCACCGGCUACUCGGUGCCCGUGAUAAUUUGUCCAGACCAUACACAUAGGGACAAAUGGGGGUCUCGCAAUGUGGGCUUUGCCUGCAGUCAUGUAAUAAAGGGCUACGGCGAGGGUUUGGUCAUAGCCUGUGGCAAUGAUUCGGAGGUCGGAAUUAUGGCGCGGCUGAGCAUGGAACCUCGUCCCUCCAGCAGACCCCGUCGGCAUAUUAAACAGGUCACGUUUUAUACAUAUAUCGUGAGCAUAUUGAUGUUUUUUAUCCUGCUUUGUACGAUUUCGUUGGAGGGCCUGACCUUCCAGAUGUUGAUAGAGUUCAAUGUGAGCCUGACGAUUUCCCUGGCGCCCUUAUAUCUGCCCACCCUGAUGUACUUCGGCCUGUGGCAGACGAAACGUACUCUGCUCGAGAGUGGCUGUUAUGUUCGGAAUAUGGAGGCUGCCUCCACCCUGGGAUUAACGACAGUUAUAUGCAGUAGUUUAAUUGGAACUUUGACAAUUCGCAGCUGGAGAGUCUCGGAGCUGUUUGCUGAUGGUGAGCUCGAGAAGUCGGAACACCUGCGCGGAGCGGAUCUGAAUGAGCGUUUCUUGGAGCUAAUACGCGCCUCAGUGGUGUGUAAUAGGGCCUAUGUGACUCCCGGCCAGAGGGGCGUGCCGCGCAUGCAGAAGACUUUGGACGGUACCGACUAUGAAAAGGCUUUGUUAAAAUUUGCCAUGCGCUUCUACCCAAGCAUUUUGCAGUUGCGUCGCCGAUAUGAGAGAUUGGCCAACAAACCGUACGACAAGGUGAGCCAUCUGCAGGUCAGCGUACACCAAACUGUGGACGAGGAUGGCGAGAAAACGUAUCAUCUUUUCGUGAGAGGCUAUUGGAGUGUGGUUCUGCGCCUUAGCAGCAAUUACUAUGUCAAGAGCGAGCUGGUGGAACUGGACGAUAUUCGUCGAGAUGCCAUUGCUAAUAUUGGCAUGAGGCUGAAGAAGGUUGGCCGGCAUUCAUAUGCCUUUGGCUCCAAGGUGUUGAGCCCCGAUGAUCAAAUGCUGUCGCUGAUCUCGAUCGGUUUUGCCUAUAAAGAGAAGAAGUCGUUUGAGAAAUUCAUGAAACUAUACUGCAACUCGCUGUGCUUUCUGGGCCUAAUAUCCAUAUACAAUCCGCCCAGUAUUAAUGUGAGGCAGGCGGUGGAUCGCUGCCGCUCAGCUGGCAUCAAACUGGUGCUGCUGACCCGUGCCGAGCUGAGCUUUGCUCGGGCGGUCGCCAAAACUGUUGGUGUCAUUGGCCAGGAUAGCGAAACGAUUGAAGAUGUGGCGGCACGCCUCAACAUACACGAGUCGGAGGUGAAGCGCAGCAUGAUCACAGCGGCUGCGAUCAACAUGCAGAACUGGCAAAAGAAGCUGCAUCAUCAGCGCUGGGACACACAGCAAUUGCUGCUGGCCCACGUCGAUCUCGUGUUUGCCGACAUUGCUGUGGAACAGCGCCACAUGAUUGUCGAUGUCUGCCAACAGCUGGGCGCUGUCGUCACCGUCAUCGGCAGCUCCGUGCAUGACACCUCCGCCAUUCGGCGGGCGAACGUUGGCGUUGCCGAGUGCGCCUCCUCCCAUGCGAGCCAAUCCUCGGCUGAUAUUAUUCUGCUGGAGGACAAUUUCGUAACGUUGGUGAAUGCCAUUGCAGAGAGUCGUCUGCUGUUCGAGAAUAUGAAGAAGGCAUUGGCCUAUGCCAUGUCCCCGAAUAUGGCUGUGAUAAUGGUGCACUUGUCAUUUAUUUUAAUUAUGAUUCCAUUUCGACUGUUUUUGAUCAUUCUGCUGCUUCUAGACAUUUUUGUCAACACGUUGCCUGCCCUGUCGCUGUUCUAUGAGCGUCCCGAGUUAGAUCUCAUGAAUAUGAAGCCGAAAGUCUUUGACGACUAUCUGAUCAACAGACGGCUGAUUUUUGUAGCUUACAUACAAGUGGGCAUCGUUGAGGCCAGCGCCGUGCUAAUCUCUUACCUUGUUUACAUGGCAUAUAAUGGAUUUCUGCCAAGACAGUUGAUGGGUCUCAGCGUGGAUUGGUACGAUGAUUCCGUCAAUGAUUUGGUCGACUCCUAUGGCCAAGAAUGGACUAGAGAGGCUCGCAGGCAGCUGGAGUAUGAGAUAUCCACGGUUGUUCUCAUCACCUUGAUUAUAAUGCAGUGCGUCAAUUUGAUAUUGACCAAAACCAUACGUGCAGAUCUCUUGAAACAUGGCUUUGGCAAUGUUCGCUUGAAUAUUGCCGUCGUUUAUAUGAUCUGUCUUGGCUUUCUGUUCACCUUUCUAAAUUGUCCAGACUAUUUGCGAACUUCGCCUGUGAACUAUUCACCGGUAUUCUGGUAUAUUUUACCACUGAUUGUGUUAAAUAUAUUUCUAGAAACCGCUCGUCGUUAUGUAUUGAGACAUUUUCCCGGCAGUUGGCUCGAGGAGGAGAUGUUAUACGGAUAUUUAUAGACAAUUGUUUCAACUUCCCUGUUGCCGGUUUCCUGCUACCAAAGCAUGCUAAACAGACAGAUUAAAACUGUCCAUACAAUCUAUUUAAAUGUACUUUGGGCGAUUUAUCUGUCAGCUAAAUAAAUCAAUGUAUG